AUGGUGUCCUUUGCCGUGGUUUCAUUAUUCACGUCCAUCCCACCGGACCUGGCACGCGACGUUCUUCGCAAACGACUCGAAGAGAAUUACAACGAGACGAACAAACUCCUAAAAAUCGACCACAUAAUGCAACUGUUUGCUUUCUGCCAACAAACCUUCAUCACCUUCAAUGGCAGAACAUACGAGCAGAUCAAAGGAACGCCGAUGGGUUCGCCAAUAUCCAGCCUGGUUGCAGAACUAGUCCUGCAGGAACUGGAAAAAGUCGCCUUCGACCACUAUGAACCUGCAUUUUGGCGCCGGUACGUGGACGAUACGUUCGUCAUAAUUGAAAGGAGCAGACUGGCCGACUUCCAAGACCUGCUCAACGGCAUCUUCCCAGACAUCCAGUUCACAAGGGAAGAAGAGCAUGCCGAACAGCUGCCUUUCCUUGACGUUCUCGUCACACGCACACCCAACGGCGAACUCAACACCACGGUGUACAGAAAGGCGACUAACACGACUCAGAUUCUCAACUACCACAGCAAACACCUAAUGGCGCAUCAACGCAGCUGUGUUAGGACACUCUUCCAGAGGGUAAAAACGCACUGCAGUGAACCAGAGGGACGAGUACGAGAACUUCGGCAUCUUCGGGACCAACUGGCAAGGAAUGGAUACCCGAACAGCUUCGUCAGCCGCUGCCUCCGCACGCGCCCACGGCGAACAAACGGAGGAGAGCCACCAACACUCUGGCACCCUCUGCCAUAUAUAAAGAACGUAUCCGAAGCAAUGGAACGUAUCGCUGGAGAGCUCGGCGUGGGUAUCGCUCACCGUCCGACAGCGACCAUGCGCAGCAAAAUCAUGCAAGUGAAGGAUCGCCUAGACGUGGGUAAACAAUCGGGCGUCGUCUAUCAGAUCCCAUGUUGGGACUGCCCUCGCCACUACACUGGACAAACCGGACGACGACUUAGCUCACGGAUAACGGAGCACAAACGGGCGGUCCGGAGAGGCGACCCGUUGUCUCAGGUCGCCACUCACACCCUGGAGGAAGGCCACGAAUUCAACUUUGCGAGCACGCGGAUAGUGGCGCGGGUCAGCAAUAAGACAGGACGAGAACUGUUAGAGGCCUGGGUGUCUGACACCAACGCUAUCAACAGGCACGUUGAUAUACCCCCCUGCUAUCACGCGCUCCGUUCCCGCGGCCAAUGGGCGAGACCCAAUUUCCAGCCAAGGGUGCACGCAGUCACGCCACCGUGA